UGCACCCCAAGAGCCUUUGCAGAGCCGCGCGCAGACGGACCCAGACGCUCCCUCCGCGCCUCUCCAAACGCAAGAGGCUGCGGGGUUCCCCGUUCCUUGGUUUUUUAUUUUAUUUUAUUUUAUUUAUUUUACUUAGCUUUACCAUGAGAUCGGCGUCAGCUUGGCUUUAGCAGACAUUCAGAAGCCGAGUGAGAGAGACAGAGACACACACAGAGAGAGGCAAAGCAAUUCUUUGGUUGCUAAGUCUGAACGAAGACAUCAGGAUGGCUCAUUGUCUUUUGGACCAGAAAGCAGUGGGGAUUGCAGACCCAGAGGACAGUUCUCCAAAUAUGAUUGUCUACCGCAAAAUUGAAGACAUCAUUACAAAGAUGCAAGAUGAUAAGACAGGGGGUGUGCCCAUCAGAACAGUCAAGAGCUUUCUCUCCAAAAUUCCCAGUGUUGUCACAGGUACUGACAUUGUGCAGUGGCUUAUAAAGAACCUUUCCAUCGAGGACCCAGUUGAAGCAAUCCACGUGGGAAGCCUCAUAGCUGCCCAGGGCUACAUCUUCCCCAUCUCAGAUCAUGUUCUCACCAUGAAGGAUGAUGGCACCUUCUAUCGCUUCCAGGCUCCCUACUUCUGGCCUUCGAACUGCUGGGAGCCUGAAAACACCGACUAUGCCAUCUAUCUCUGUAAACGAACAAUGCAGAACAAAGCAAGGCUGGAAUUGGCAGAUUAUGAAGCAGAAAACUUAGCCAGACUCCAGAGGGCCUUUGCGAGGAAGUGGGAAUUCAUCUUUAUGCAAGCAGAAGCUCAAGUGAAAAUUGAUCGGAAAAAGGACAAGACAGAAAGAAAGAUUCUGGAUAGUCAGGAACGGGCCUUUUGGGACGUCCACAGGCCAGUGCCAGGCUGUGUGAACACAACAGAGAUGGAUAUCAGAAAAUGUCGGCGUCUGAAGAAUCCACAAAAGGUUAAAAAGUCAGUAUAUGGUAUAGCUGAAGAGGCUCAUUCAAGUCCCUUGCAUGUACCCAGUCAGCCAAUCAGGAAAACAACGAAAGAGGACAUCCGGAAACAGAUAACAUUUUUGAAUGCACAGAUUGACAGACAUUGUUUAAAAAUGUCCAAAGUGGCUGAAAGCUUAAUUGCUUAUACAGAACAGUACGUGGAAUAUGACCCUUUGAUCACGCCAGCAGAGCCAUCCAAUCCCUGGAUCAGUGAUGACCUUGCUUUAUGGGACAUAGAGAUGAGCAAAGAGCCCAGCCAGCAGCGAGUGAAGAGAUGGGGUUUCUCUUUCGAUGAGAUGUUGAAGGACCAGGUGGGACGGGACCAAUUUCUACGAUUCCUGGAGUCUGAAUUCAGUUCUGAAAACCUCAGGUUCUGGUUGGCUGUCCAAGAUCUCAAAAAGCAACCCCUACAAGAUGUGGCCAAGAGAGUGGAAGAAAUCUGGCAAGAGUUUCUGGCCCCAGGGGCUCCAAGUGCAAUCAACCUAGACUCUCACAGCUAUGAGAUAACCAGUCAAAACGUCAAAGAUGGAGGAAGAUACACAUUUGAGGAUGCCCAGGAGCACAUCUACAAGCUGAUGAAGAGUGACAGCUAUGCCCGCUUCCUCCGCUCCAAUGCUUACCAAGACCUGCUGUUGGCCAAGAAGAAGCCAGAAAGUGAGCAAGGUCGUAGAACUUCCUUAGAAAAGUUCACUCGCAGCGUGUGCUGCUGGCGCAGAGUCAGAAUGGCCGCUGCAUUUCACCCCCGAGGUGGCUUCCUUCCAGCAGUGGGGAAAGUCACUGGCGGGCAAGCGCCUCACCGGCCUGAUGCAGUCCUCCUGACAGUCCCCACCGCAGGCCCUGGGUCCGAGGAGCAGGCGGGCAGGCGGCGGCGCUCCACGUCCUCAGACAGAGCUUCCCUCCGGGGCGAUCUGGUCACUGUGAAGGAGAAAGAGUGAGGGAGCCUCUGGGCAGUGGGGACUUUCAGCGGGCAACGGGGGAGACCGUGAAAAGGCAUCCAUGAAGCCUGGGGUCGCUGUUUACAACCCCCGUCUUCCUUGUACAGCUGUGCUCUGACACCAGGUCCUCUCAGCCGUCCUUGUCCCCCACUUGUGCAGGGGGAAAAGGACAGGGGGUGCUCCUGUGGUGACAGUCCCUUGAGAUGCAAUUCUUACCAUCUUCUCUUCUUCCGUUGCUGUCUGGUACCUUCAGGAGAGACCAGCAGGCCCUGAGCCUGUCCAGUAUUAAGGUUCCCACUCCCCCCCACCACCACUGGACACAGUCACCCACUGUGUCCCAACCAUCUCCCGCCUGCUCUGACUCCAGCUCUGCUCUGACAGCAGCACUGUCAGCCGCUCGUGGCACUGUCACAUUUCUUUCCACCUCCUUGGACACCAGCUCUUGAGGAGUUUUGCACUGUGUGUCUCAAAGGCCCCCAAACAGAGGAAGUCAUCACACGUAGAAUUGCUGGCUGGUGAGCAGCCCUGGAUGGUCUCCUUACCACCUUUCCCAGAUACUAUCAUCUGGGAACCCUCCCUGUCGCAGGCCCUUUGCUCCUUGUCUGUCCACUUGAACGACUUAAGAUAAACAUGACUGUGAACUCAGGGGCUCCAGGGACUGGCAGCCUCAGGUGGAUAUGGAGACAAGUCCUGGUGGUAGUGGCUCGGGGUCCUGGUAGGAAGUCCCCACACUGUGACCUCCUGAUGGGCAUGGCCAGGACCCAGUAAGCCAGGCCCCUGUCAUCAUGCCAGAACCCGGAGCAGUUGCAGAUUCUCCAGCGGGUCCUGACCAGACCUCAGGAAGUCUCUGGCAGCCAGAGAAGCCACCCCUCUCAGCAGCACCAGUCAUCAAGGGGAAAAAAAUGACAUCAAGCAACCCGGCAAAAACCCACAAAGGACCCACAUUGUAUUUUUUUUGUGCCCAUGUCAAAACGACUGUGAGGUCAGAGAUGAAGAGCACUGAGCCAGGGACUGCAUGUAUGUCGCAGGUUCCCUCUGAUGGUAGCUAUUCCGCCAUUGGGUCCUUGUUAACAUGGUGAGUCCCACGAGUUUUGGAACAAAGAGAUUCUGAAGGAUGUGGAUUUGAAUUCAGACCCUGCGCCAUCUCACACCCU